CUAAAAUUUAACAUCCCAAAAAAAUGGGAACAUGCAUGUCUGUACAAAAUGCAAGUUUCUUAAAAAGGACUAGAAUGAGGCCUACACCUAUUGAUGAAGAAACAUGUUCCAAGAGCGCAAGCAGGACAUCCGUGCCUAAAUCCCAAAAAUUUUCGAGACCAAUAAAUGUCGUGACGGAUCCAUCAGGCCAUGAUAUUUAUCAGAGGUAUGAGUUUGGGAAGGAGUUAGGAAGAGGGGAGUUUGGUAUAACAUACCAAUGUGUAGACAAGAUAAGUGGGGAGAAUGUGGCAUGUAAGACAAUAGCAAAGAGCAAAUUGAGAACAGAGAUAGAUGUGGAAGAUGUGAGGAGGGAGGUGGUUAUUAUGAGGCAUUUACCUAAACACCCUAAUAUUGUUACCUACAAAGAAGUUUAUGAAGAUAAAGAAGCUGUUUAUCUUGUUAUGGAACUUUGUGAAGGUGGAGAAUUAUUUGAUAGAAUUGUUGCAAGAGGACAUUAUACUGAAAGAGCUGCUGCUCUUGUUACAAAAACUAUUCUUGAAGUUGUUCAGGUAUGCCACAAGCAUGGGGUAAUUCAUAGAGACCUCAAACCUGAGAACUUUUUAUAUGCCAAUGUAAAUGAAAAUGCUCAAUUAAAGGCCAUUGAUUUUGGACUAUCCAUUUUCUUUGAACCUGGUCAGAGAUUUGGUGAAAUAGUAGGAAGUCCAUAUUACAUGGCUCCGGAAGUUCUUAGAAGAAAUUAUGGACCAGAAGUUGAUGUGUGGAGUGCUGGUGUUAUUCUUUACAUUUUGUUAUGUGGUGUUCCCCCUUUUUGGGCAGAAACUGAAGAAGGAAUUGCACAUGCAAUAGUGAAAGGUACAAUAGACUUUAACAGAGAUCCAUGGCCAAGAGUAUCUGAUGAAGCUAAAGAUCUUGUCAAAGGAAUGCUUGAUGCUAAUCCUUAUAACAGGUUUACUGUUGAAGAAGUCCUUGAUCAUCACUGGAUACAGAAUGCAGACAAGGUGUCUAAUGUUUGUUUGGGAGAAGGUGUGAGAGCCAAGAUUAAGCAAUUCACUUUGAUGAAUAAAUUCAAGAAGAAAGUUUUAAGAGUUGUAGCAGAUAACUUACCACAAGAUCAAGUACAUGGUAUAAAACAAAUGUUUUAUAAGAUGGACACUGACAAAAAUGGAAACUUAAGUUUCCAAGAACUCAAAGAUGGUCUACAUAUGAUGGGACAAACUGUUGCUGAACCUGAAGUCCACUUGUUAAUGGACGCUGCUGAUGUUGAUGGAAAUGGAAUGUUGAAUUGUGAGGAAUUUGUUACAAUGGCUGUGCAUUUACAAAGGUUAAGCAAUGAUGAUCAUCUUAGACAUGCAUUCCUCCAAUUUGACAAGAAUAAAAGUGGAUUUAUUGAGUUUGAAGACUUGAAAAUCUCUUUGUUUGAUGAUAGUCUUGCCCCCCAAAAUGAUCAAGUUAUUAAUGACAUCAUAUUUGAUGCUGAUUUGGAUAAGGAUGGAAGGAUAAGUUAUCAAGAUUUCAAGGUGAUGAUGUCAACAGGAACAGAUUGGAAAAUGGGUUCACGUCAAUACUCAAAAGCAAUGCUGAAUGCACUUAGCAUGAGACUUUUCAAAGACAAAUCGAUGCAAUUGAAAAAUUAACUCUCUUCCAAUAUUCUCUGAGCUUUU